UGUCAUCUCUUUUAAUUGGUAAACACACAAAAAAAGACGGCACUCCUUAUGAUUAAGUAGUGGUCACACCAGACUUUUGUCUUGUUAUUUUCUUAGUGUUGCUUUGUAGUCUGGGGGGAGGGGUGUUUGUGCUAGAAUUUUUGUGGUAGAAUUCUGGGUUUUCACUGUUCUUUUUCUUCCUGCUAGAACUUUAUUGUUGGCAAUGUUGGCGCCUCUGGUGUAGCCCAGAGAGCGCAGCUAAUUAUGCUCUCUUGGACCCCUGGCUAUUGAAGGCUGUGGCAUUGUCAGGAUUCAAACUUGAGAUCUCUCAAUCACCCGGUGAUCUAAAUUUACCCAUAUUCAAAAUAUUUUCACUUCCUAAGAUGUUAUUGGCAGUGAAAGUUUUCCCAUCUUCCAUGCACUCUUGUCAUGUCUGUAUUACUACCAUAGCUGCCACCUUAUCUAGAUUCAGUUCAUUAGUAAUAAAGAACAUGGAACAAAAGGCAGAUCCCAGAUUAGUAUGUUUAAGGAGCAGACAGACUGAUGACAAAAAACAAUUGCCUGGUGGGGGGAGAGAACCCAGUUCAUUUGUAUGGGAAAGGUCCCAAAUGGUAUUGAGUUCAUCUAGAUGAACUUUGACCAUGCAAAUUUGUAAACUUUUGAAAGAUGAGCCACUGUAAGAUAGCAGCAUGUGCGAUGGUCUCUGGUUUCUAAAAGAGAAAACGAAAAAUGUAAUUUCACUGAAGGGGAAAGGACAUGCAUUUGCUUCUAGUAGCAUUUACUUUCACUUUGGUAUUCAGAAGAAAGCAGAUGUGCGAGACUGUCAUCACGUUGGUCGAUUAAAAAAAAAUGGAUGAGCUGUUAUUGACCCUGACACUUUGCAAACUUUGGAAAAUGAGUCAGUGGAAGAGAACAAGAUGUGCUGCAGUUUCUGCUUUCUGAAAGAAAGAAAAAAAGGACUUUGCUUUGCUAUAAUUCAAUGGCAGUAAUUAUGUAGCUACGUUGGUAGCUCACUGAACCAAUUUAUUCCAUUUGAAAUGGCAUCACACCUCCACGGCAAAGAAGAAAAUGGCAAAGCAGGAAUAAUGUAGUAAUGUACUUUAACAUACGGUGCUUAGCCAAAUAGCUCAUGUCAGACAUCAUAAUGAUCCAGCAAGCAUCCAGCUGCCUUUUUUGUUAUGGGCUGUCUUGUGACCUCAUACAUACCAAAACUGGUGAGAAAUAAUAAAAAAAAAAAACGGUUAAUUCCAAAUUCUUUGCACAGAUUAGAAUACUCCAAUAAGAAUGGAGCAUAGCGUUUAAAGACUUUCGAAACUUUGGUUUCCAAAAAGGCAGUGUCACCAUUUCUCUAAAAAUGAUCUCAUCUCUGCAGCGCUUGUUCUGUCCAUUAUCAUAAGUUUUAUAAUAAAUUCAUUAAUCUAGCAAUUACAUAAAACCAGCAUUGUCUUUGCUUUUUCAGCUGUACAUUUUAAAAAGAUGCUAACAGCUUUUCUUUCCGAGUGUCCAGGAAAUAUAAUGUUUAGAGGACAGAAGAAGCCUUUUUAUUCAUACGGACAUGCUUGUUCAUUCUUUCCUGUCACACUCUCUCCAAGCACUUAACCACCUUCCCUGCUGUUACUCUGUAUGAGGAGACAAGCCUAAGGAAAGCAGAAAAAAGAGAGCGGGCAUGCAUGCCUGAAAAAGAAGACUAGGCAAGUGGGAAUAGAAAAGGAAUAAAAACACAGAGAAACAGGAAAUCAGGCCUGCGGGGGAUAAAACGGGCAGAAUAAAGCCAAAUACACCCUCACUUUUUGUCCUCUCAUUCUUUCCCUAUUCAUGCACACGGCUUGUACAGUUGAAGACAAGCCAGAAGUCUUUUUGACAAGGGUCACAUCAGAGCCACAAUAGCUUCAUUUUUUCCCCCCCAUGAGAGCGUCUCUUGCUCUUUUUUUCAGUAUCCUUCUGCGGCAGACCCAGCUAUGAAAAAUAUGACCUCUCUAGAUUUAGAUGCAAAAUGGAGGGCCAUGGGCUCUAGGCCAGAGCAAUUUGACAUUCAGCCUGUGUAUCAGAUGCUAUUUCAGCCAGAUUGGGUGUCUCUGCUUCUGUCUGGAUUUCCUGCUUAAGGUGGACUGCAAUCGAUACAGAACAUAAAGAUGAAUGAGAGGCUGGGAGCGAGUGAGAUGACCUUAAAUGAUGGGAAAGGGUCCUGCAUUAAACUAACCUGACCUUCACUACAAGACAGAUACUGUGUGGAUGAAAAUGCGACGCCACAGAGUGUUUUUGCUUUGCACCGUGGGGCUGUGUGUCAUUUCUUUCCUGCACUAUUACAAGGCCCUGCAUUAUGUGUCUCUGCUUCGGGAACUUACAGCACCCUACCCAAACAUCAAGUCGUUUAUAAUGGUGACUGGAUUCUUCUGGAAAGAGAGAGCCACCCCACUGUCCAGCGCCUCUCCUGAAGAGGGACCCCUGCCAGUCCUUAGACCCUCAGAGACCAGGCCCCGGGUUCAAGAAGGAACCGGGGGCAUGCGUGCAGGAGUGGAGUUGAACAUGGCUGGAGAACCCAGAGCACCACAGCCUUGGGUGAGACCAGAGGAACCGCAACACAAGGAUCCAGACCCUGAGCAGAAGGAAGACAUGAAGAUGAUCAUGUGGCAACCCAGUAGUGCAGUACAGCAGGGAAUGGACCUUGUGAGAUCGAAUGCUCCCAGUGUGGUAGUGAAGAAGCAGGAACCCCAGCGUGCAUCAACUCCAGACCCCAUCAUGCGUCUGGGUGACUUACACAAGCGCCACUUCAUCCUCCAGGAGGACAACAAACCCUAUUUUAUCCGUACCAAAGCUGGCGCUCUGUGUUUCCGGCAGGGGACAGAGAUAGUGCCCGUAAGAGAAGAUUCUGGGGCAGGCAAAGGUAAGCCGACAGUGGCUGGGGUCCUUCAUAGGAACAUCUUGCAAAUUGCAGAGGACUCUGGUGCUCGAACAAAAUUGGUGGAAGACUCCAGUUCCACUCGAUUGAAGCCCAAACGCGGCAAGCGUCUUGUAAAGUGUGUAUGCCGUUCUGGUUGGCAUGGGCCUUACUGUGGAGUGCCUACAAUGGUGUACCACUCAAACCUGCCCACUAAAGAGAGACUGACCCCUCGUGAGAAGCCACGACGUGUCAUUAAUGCCAUUAACAUCAACCAUGAGUUUGACCUACUCCAUGCCCGCUUCCAUGAACUGGUUGAUGCUGUUGACCUCUUCCUAAUAUGCGAGUCCAACUUCACAGCAUAUGGAGAGAGGCGCCCGCUGAGCUUCCUGCAUCUGCUGCUCAAUGGCACUUAUGACUACAUGCGUCAUAAGAUCCUUUAUGUAUUCCUGGACCACUUUCCUGAAGGUGGCCGGCAGGACGGCUGGAUUGCUGACGACUACCUGCGCACUUUCCUUACGAGAAAUGGCAUGGGUCGAGUGCGGGGUGCAAGGUCUGAUGAUGUUUUCCUCAUCAAUGAUGCUGACGAGAUCCCGGCCCGCGAGGGCAUUCUUUUCCUCAAGCUGUUUGAUGGCUGGACUGAGCCAUUUGCCAUCCACAUGCGCAAAUCACUCUAUGGCUUUUUCUGGAAGCAGCUUGGCUCUCUUGAAGUGGUUUCAGGAUGCACAGUUGGGAUGCUGAAGGAGGUCUAUGAAAAUGACGGCAUCCGCUUGCGCCGGCGCGAGUACUACACCAUGCCUAAUUUCCGCAAAUAUGAGAAUGACACGGGACACAUCCUGGUGCAGUGGUCAGUUGGAAGCCCGUUCCACUUUGCCGGAUGGCACUGCUCCUGGUGCUUCACGCCUGAGGGCAUCUACUUCAAACUCGUAUCAGCCCAGAAUGGCGACUUCCCCCGUUGGGGUGACUAUGAGGACAAGCGGGACCUUAACUACAUUCGUGAGCUGAUCCGGACUGGAGGUUGGUUUGAUGGCUCUGUGCAGGAAUACCCUCCCACAGACCCUAAAGAGCACAUGUAUGCCCCCAAGUACAUGUUAGACAAUUAUGAGAACUUUCGCUACCUGCUGGAGAACCCUUAUGUUAAGCAGCCUGCUCUAAGUGGGGGGUAAAGAGGAAACAAGAUGGGGUUUAGUUGUAGUUCAUCUGGAUAAUAAAGGAAAAUAUGGUCCAGUGGAAGUUAUCAGGGGAAGAAGGGAACCAAACUCUGCCUACAUCCUUUUUCCCCCCCUUUCUUACUCAUUGGAUCAAGCCCAAAGGUUAAUUACUACCAUCCAGUCCCUGGCAGAGAAGGGUCAGACCAGCUGUGGCAAUGGAUGAACAUAAGUGAUUAUUAUUAUUAUUUUGUUUGUUUCUAUUGCUGUUUGCUCAGUGGGUGUGCAGAAUCCAUCAAGAGACUGUAUCAGACAACUUCAUUAGUGAUGAAUUUAUUACACUCUGACCCUUUGUGUGUGAGAGAUAAAGAGAAAAGAGUGCGUGUGUGUGUUUUUGUGAUUGGCCUUCGAGGUUCUUGGUGCACUCCUAACCAUACAGAUUUGUCUUCUAUAUUUGACUCUCUUUAAAAACCAAACUAGGCUGAUUUAUGGCAGUCAGUGGAGCGAUUUCUGUAUGAAAGAGAGAAAGAGGAAAAGAGUUUCUGAAUGUGUGAAACAUGGGCUUUAGCUAAUGCAGCACUUUCUGUCCAGAUUCCGCUCUGAUUGCUGAAGCCGGUGUGGUGAUGUACUGUUGCGUUCUUGGAUAAUGGCAUGCAGUGCACUCGGAGGGUUCAGUUAUGGAGAAAGAAAAAUGGCUCAGAUGUUGGUGACAAUGUUGGUCAUGCGUGCAGAAUAGAAGAGGAAAGGAGUUAAAGCAGGGAGUAAAGGGUUGGUAGACGUGGAGAAGACAGCAGGAGUACAGUAGAUCUGUCCAUUCCCCUGCCUAAAGUAAGAACCAAUGGAUGUUGGUAAUGUUCAGCACAGCAGGAGACCAUUUCAGUUGAAGAGCAGACCACAGAGGAGAAGAGAAUAGUCCCUCCUCCCUUUUUCUACCCUUCUCUCCAGGCCUGUCUUUCUGUCAUAAGGCAGAUUUAGCAUUUUGAAAUGUUUGGCUGCGUGGACGACGGAAACCACAAUUAUCAGUUAUAUCGACAAACCCUUUACCAUUUGAGUUUGUCAUAUAAUUUUUUUGUCCUUCUAUGGAAUGUUAUGGAAAACGAAUGGUAACGUUUUUUUGUAAAAGUAUUACAAUUACACACAAUCCAUAUUUUCAUGUCCCUUCUUACAAACAGCGCAAAAAGCAGGACAGCCUGGACUGGAAAUGAGAGCAGAAGCUUUGCGAGUUCCACUCUGAUUUAACGUGACGUUUAAAUGUGAUGGGAAAUGGACAUGCAUUUAAAAAGCCAGUGAUGAAUUCCUCUAUCAGGUGCUGUAGGUGAUGGGAGAAGUCAGGGGAGCCUAACGAAAGAAAUUAUGCAUGCACUUUGCAAUUUAGAAGAAAUUCUUAAUAGAAAUAUGUUCAACAGAACCUUUUUCCAUUAAAAAACAAAACUCAUGGGACAGCAGUUUUCGUAUAAAACUAACUUUAAGAUACGGAAACUUUGCAAAUUUAUUUUGAGACUUUUUUUUAUUUUUUAUUUACACGCACAAAGUCGAUGGAAACGCAGCUAACUAGACACGCCCAAAUUAUUUCUCAUAAUAUCUUAUCUCCAGAAGCAGUGUGUUGUGUCAUUGUGGGAGUGUGAAAAGCAGGGUAGUAAACCAGCAAGGAUAGGAAGUAGGGGGAGUGAGAGAGAGUUCAGCAAAAUCCCAGCAUUCAAAUGAGGUCACAAAGUCCUCAGCAUGGGGCGUCCACAUCCCGUGUGUGUGUGCGUGUGUGUGAGAGAGGCCGAGCUCCACACUGCAGCAAAACCACUCAUGAGUGCCAAAUGAAGGGAGGAAGAAAAGAGCCGACACAUUUUCUGUAUUUUUGGGUUUGCUUUUAAGUAAAUAACCAUGGUUCCAGCCAUGUUUCCUGUUCUACACUGCAUCCUUCUUUCCCCUGCAUUCCUCUUCCUUGCCAGCUUUUGAGCUCUCCCUGGCUGCCAAAAAUAACGUCGGCUUUCUGACAGUGGGAUUUUUUUUUCCCUCCCCCCCACGCUAGCUGUGUAUGUUAUGUGUAGGGUUUGUGCACUCCUCCGUCUUCGCACCAGAGGAUGAUGAGUGUUUGAUGGGCAUCAUGCUCAACCGGACACGCCAAGCUCUGUCCUGCCGCAUCAGGCUGGGCUGUUUCUAUGGCAACAUACCACCCUGCCUACAAAGUGAACACCAUUCAAAACAACGUGUCUACCUUUACAUACCUGAAUGAAACUUCGUUACGAGUGAAAGGGCUGGAUUGUUCGUUUAAUAACCUGUUCAACAGAUGAAUCAAUCGUCAUGUACACUUUCAAACCCGAAUGCUUUUCUAAUUAGCAUGCAGUCUGUGCAGGUGCAUUUUGCUGAUAAAUGUGGCAGCUAGCAAAAAUUGGGCUUUUAAGGAAAGUUUGUUACAAAAUGUUUGGGGUUUUUUUUUAAUUUUUUUUUUUUUUUUAAAUAGCUCCAUGAAUUCACAUUUUUGAAAUAGAAUGUCACGGAACAUGAAAUCUUUUGGCCUUUUAAGUAAUUAGGAGUAGGCUACUUUUUGCAGAGAACACCCAACAUAUUGAGCUACUAUAAGCUACUGUUAUGGUAACAUUGAGACUAAAUGCCACAGCUUGCAUACGCAUACAUUUUGGAUGUAUGGAUUAUAUAUAAUGUACAUGUAACGAGAGAUUGGGGUUUUGAAGCCAGUAAUCCCUUUAACUUUUUUAAUAUAUAUAAAGUCAAUGGAUCCCCCUCAGUAAAUCUGUGUUUUAUGACCAUAAUUCAAGUAUUAAAAUAUUAGGGUCAGUAGUAAAAAUGUACAAUUUAAUUUUUGGCUUUUGAUUGGUGUUUUUUUUUUUUUUUUUUUUUUUUUUUUGUUUUGUUUUUUUUGUUUUUUCUUUCCCCUGAACUUUUCACUCACUGAGCAAGAAUAAGAAUUUUUCUUAAUCAAUUUGAUUCAAGGCAUUAAACCAAUUCAAUUCAAGUGACGCAAAAAAAAAAACUGGGUGUAAAAUAAAAAAAUAAUAAUAAUUAAAAACCUGUUUAUGAGCAGGUGUGUCCAAACUAUUGACUAUAAGAAGUCAAAUAUAAAUAAUAGCUUUGAUAAUGGCUGGGAUUUUGUACCACUGUAAAAAUAAAUUAAUUAAAUAAAAUUAUAAUAAUAAUUGCAGACCCUAUUUUGAAAACCAAGGCUUCUAGGUGCACAGUUUGUUUGCAGUCGGAUCGAAGUCAUUCUGGUUGACUUCAAUCUGUACAUGUUGUGAAACAGACAUUGGGUGACUCGGAGGGGAAGAGAGUUUAGAGUAUGUUUGUAAACCUGUUCCUUCAAUAACUGACCGAAAUCUGGAGGAGGAUGUUCUAGAUGCCUGUGUUCUGCUGUCAUCUUUGCUCUCUCUGUGUUUCUGAAGCAGUUUCUCACCCCCCUCGCCCCUCCCGCCCUCCCCCCCCCCCCCCCCCCCAAAUGUGCACUUGCUCCGAGCGCUGAGCCAGAACGGCAAGAGGAUUAAGAGGAUGCACUUUAAUAGCGUCACCCUCUAAGCUGCUGCGUUCGGGACAAAGCUCCGCUGUGCCCUGUCACAUCUGCAAUGCAGCAGUGCUGUGUUUACAACCGGGAUCCUGGAUCCUAACACGCGUUACAGAUGCACGCACACAGCUGGAAAUGCGCACGCUUGGUGACACAUCAGCCAAGUGAGUCACCGCUGAACGGUAACACAAGUGCAGAAUUCUUUUAUGCUUCUGAGAUGUACUUCAUUCAGAAAGAAUCAAGCCCGUGUGGACUUUCACUCGAAAGCACGUCCUAAUUCUUGCAGAGUUCUUGGGUUAAAUAAGGACAAAAAUGACCAAACUUGAUCAAAUGACAUUGUUAUAAUAGUUUAGUUCAUCUUAGCUAGCUUGCUAUUGGGUUUAUAAACAUUUUGUGUAAUAGAUAACAUAACUUUAGCUAGCUUGCCAGCAAAAUGUAUUAUGCAAUGUAAUAGUGAGCAUAAUGUUAGCUAGCUUGUUAGCGAAUCUGGCUCCUGGUCGUACUUCAUAAUAUUCUACGAUUCCGGGCCACGGUGGCUUAGUGAUUGGCAUGUUUGCCUCACACCUCCGGAUUUGGGCUUUCGAAUCCCGCUUCCACCCUGUUUGCAUGUUCUCCCCGUGCUUCGGGGGUUUCCUCCGGGUACUCUGGUUUCCUCCCUCAGUCCAAAGACAUGCACUGUAGGCUGAUUGGCAUUUCCAAAUUGUCCAUAGUGUGUGAAUGGGUGUGUGAAUUGUGUCACAUGAUGCAUUGGCACCCCAUCCAGGGUGUCCCCCACCUUGUGCCCAGAGUGUCCUGGGAAAGGCUACAGGCUCCCUGUGGCCCUGUGUAGGAUAAGCGGUAGAGAAAAUGGAUGCAUAGGUGGAUACUACAAUUAGUUAUCAGGCUUGCUACUUAAUUCCCAGGUUCAAUUAGACAGUAAAAUGGUUGCCUCCUUGUUCAUUGUUUCUGUUUUUUGGUUUCUUCUUGUCCGUACCUGCAUGCAUUUAAACAUGUAUAAGUUGAGAACGUGCCAAUAAGAUGGAGCCUAUUUCAGGGUUUUCUUUUCCGAAGAAAUUUGGAAACGUUGGAACUUUUACACGGCCUCCAGUAUUUUGACAUUCAACAUUUCUAAGGAAGUAACUGAUCAGACUUCAAGGAGCCCCACAAUACUUGGGGGCCCAGGCCAUUUCCUGUCCUAUGGAGAUGUUAAGUUAAAAUUUAAGCUCCGUUCUUGUUGACACAGGGACGCUUGAUACUCGGCAAAAUCAGGACGUGCACCACUUGAUCUGGCUAUCUGGUACGGUGAGAGAGCAGAUAAGUGUGAGAAUUGCACUGCAGGAAAUAUUGGCUAGCGUAAUGUAAACUUGCACAGCCAACUGAAAUCAGAAAUCCGAUUCUCAGUUCUUUCGGAGAAGGGGGAGGGUAGGAAGGCCUUGAUGUUUCCAGUUUGGAAUGUAGUCUUAGAGCAGGAAACUGCAUUUUUAACUUGUACCCAGCAAUCUGUACAAACCCACAGUUUAACGCUUUGUGUGUCCUAAUCACGCCACUUUACCUCUGAUAUAAAACAACCAUUAGGAAUUCUCGAUUCUGAUUGGUCAGAAUUUGUUUUAAGAAGGUUAUAACAUGUCAUGUCUUUUAGUAUCUUACGCGUAGACCUGCUCCACAUAAGCACACUUGUAAAUGUGUAAUCAUCUGUAACAUCAAGUUUUCUGACUCAAGAAUGUGUUUACUCUAGAGGGCUUUGCAGUUCCUUGGUAACAUGAUAAGCUGCAUUUUACUGUCUUAACUUCAAAAAACAGAAAAAUGAGAGACCGUUUAUAACUGUUGGAUAUAUAGGAGUUAACCACUUUCACGAACAUUCCACUACAUCCAGUCGAUCUAUAAACAGAUAAAAAAAAAGCAUGUAGCAAUGUUCUUUAAUAAAUACUAAAUUGUUAGCAUUUGGAAAUUGCUGUGGUGUGAAUGGAAUUAAACACUUCAGGACAUGCCGUUAUAGGAAAGUUAACAGAAACUUCAAUUCACUUUCUUAGCUAAAGCCAGGUAAAAGACUUGAUCGUUCGUAUCUCCGGUAGGUUUCCUAUGGUGAAAAUAUAUCAAAACGUUCUGAAUUCUGUUAACUGUUCCUGCAGGAAAAUGUGGCCAAAGUUUCUGAAAUUCCUGUUAAAAAAAAAUUCCUGUGGUGUCCAUCUUCCCAAAGAACUGGUAUCCCUGAAAAAGUUCCUGAGAUUGAAAAGCUUCCCAAGGUCCUGAAUUCCUGUAAAGGUUCCUUUGUUGAAAAUGUGGCCAAAGUUUCUGACAUUCUGUAACGUAUCCCUGAAAAUGUCAAUGUCCCCAAAGUGAUGUUCUGUCUGAAAAGGUUCCUGUCAUGGAGAAUCUUUCAAAGUUCCUGAAUUCCUAUAAAGGUUUUUGUGUUGAAAAUGUGGUCAGACUUUCUGUACAGGUUCCUGUGGUGAAAAUGUUCCCGAAGUGCUUGUAUCCCUGAAAGGGUUCCUGGAGUAGAAAUGUUCCCAGGUUCCUGAUUCCCUGAAAAGGUUCCUGUGGUGAAAACGUGCCUAUACUGAGAGAAGGAGGGAGAGAAGGAAGGGUGGGGGGUGGCCUUUUUAAUGAAAAGUGCUCCUCGAAGGCUACGAAUCAAAACAUGGCAUCCAUUUUAAUGGCCUUAUAAACGAUCUAAUUAUCUGACAUCUUAUAAUAGGUGAGCACAAAUGAGAUUUGAUUUUUUUUUUCUUUUCUUUUCUUUUGUCGUCCAUCAUGAGAGUGGGGGGAACGUGUUCAGUGGAUGGAAAACAGAAAAGCCUGAAAAGCCAGCGGCGUUCGUGGAAAUCUUUUUGGGCCACUAUAGAGUGGAUGGUUCCUGGGAGAUUAUUUCUCUUUAAAUCAUUAAGGUGCCACAUUUUAUUCGCCUUUAUACAUCUUAUACAGGCUUGUGAGUGAAAAACGGCGUCCCGGAAGGCUUUCGUUUGUUUGUUGAAUGUGAGGUGAACAAGGGAUAGCUCGCUGAUAUUGGCUGCUGCCCAAACCUGAGGCUGCUCUUACUAAUCAUUCAUAGAAAUUCUCUUCUAUAGGAGUUGCACUAGGGAUCUCUCUCUCUCUCUCUCUCUCUCUCUCUCUCUCUGUGUCUGUCUCUGUUUUUUUAUUUAUUUAUAUAUCUCUUUCUGUCUCAGCUGCGGAACAUCAACAUGUCUAGUUGGGUUUUGUUUGCUCUUCAUUGUCUGUUGUAAUGAAUUAUGAGCUAUACACAUCCUUGUUGCUGUUUACAUUAAUUAUCUAAGUUAUUCCAAUCGUGUUUAUUGAAAUUAAAAGGGAAAAUAAUUGUCUGAUGGCGCAGAGAGAACGAAAAAAUGAUUGUUAUGGAGCAGAAAGCUAUUUAGUCUAUUUAACCCUUUUUUUCUUUUUUUUUUUAUAAAGUUUUGAAGCACUGUCUAUCCAUCUUUGACUUGUUACUGUCUGUUGUUCCUGUUGAUGUUAAAUCGACAUUUUGAACUGAUAUUACUGAAACAUCUGAUAUGCACUUGUGUUUUUUUUGUUGUUGUUGUUUUUGUUUUGCUUUGGUUUUUUUCAAUUUCAUAUAUAUUUUUUUUUUUACCUGUGAAUUUUAACCCAUCUAUCAGGGAUUUCUGCCUGUCCAUAUGGUGCUGCUUUCUGGGGUUUUUUUUUUUUCUUUCUGUCUUAGGACCUGACAGCAUGCCACAGUUGGAUCCUGUGUAAAAAUAGCAGCCAAUCAAAUCAUUUUAGAACACAGAGCAGCGGUGAAGAUGCAACAAAAAGAGUGAGAGUGUGUGAGUGUCCCAUAUGUUGUGUCAGAGUAGAUCAAAAGCCGUAUUGAUGAUUUUGCACCCAAUGACAGAUGGACACACACACACACACACGCACACACACAGCAGAGUCAGGACUCUCAUCUCAAACCAUUACCUGAUAGUGUGUGCGUGGUUAACCUGUCUGACUCACCACACACUCUUUCACACUUGACUUCUCGCCACUGAACUGUCAUUAGUCGAGGAUGCAGGUCUAAUCAUGCACUGUGUAUAAUGUGUAUAAUGUAUAUUAUCAAACCACUUACUAUGAAAGUCCAAAGAGGCCAUCGGCUUUGUUUUUUUUAUUUUAUUUUUGUUUUGUUUUUGUUUUUCAGUCCUCUUAUCUUAUGAUCAAAUAUCAUUCUCUAGAUAAUUUUUUUGUUUGUUUUUUAGUUUUUUUAUGAAAGCAUGAUUUGGUCGGUAGUUUAUCUGCAUACUGGAAAGAAAAAUGGUCCUAAAAAGGAAGAAAAAGAUUCCUAAAUCUUUAGUUUAGUCAUGGAAUUAAAAACUUGUUUUCUGGCGAUUACAAUUAUCUUUCUUCGCUCAGGACAGGAGAAAUUAUAAUGAUGGAUGGCCUCUGUGGAUUUCACUAACUUGGAUAUGUUUUUUUAUUUAUUUCAAUGUUUUUUUUUUUUUUUUGUUUGUUUUUUGCAGACAGUGAAUCAUCAGGUUUAAAUGUGAAUCUGAUGUUCUCAGUGAAAAUCCAUUUUACAUUUCUGUGAUAUGUUCAGUGAUUUACACUUGUGGCAGCUUGUCUUUUGGGUUUUAUCUCUGAAAAUGAAUUUCUUUUUGCUUGGAAAAACCAAUCUCUUUUCCCAUACUACUUAUCAAACUGGAGCACGGGGGGUCAGUUUUGUCAUUAAUGCUCAUGUUCUGUUAUGUUGUGUGCUGUUGAUAAGCCUCAAAACGUGACUGUGUCCUCCUAGUGGAUCUCAAUUAUGUCACGUGAUGCCAGAUUGUAGCCACUAGAGGGCACGAGACACCUCAGCUGAAUCUGUUCAGCCUUCGGUCCCACUGUCUCUCACUGCAUCAUCCAAAAGUGACUGAUGAGGCACACAGUGAACCCUACUUACCCUCAGAGUCUAAUACAAACCCUCAGUGUCUACAAAAACUUUAAUACUUUCAAACAUGGGUUGCCAGAUUUACACAAAAGUCUCCUUGUGAGUUUUUGGUUCGUUCCUUUCUGGUUGUUUCCUAGGACUGCUACAGAGCCUACAGAAGCCAAAGCACUGAGCAGUCUUGUCAUGGUUUUUUGUUUUGUUUUGUUGUUUUUUUUUUGCCUCAUUCUUUUGUAUCAUUUUUUUUAUUCUCCUCGAGAGGAUGUGGAUAAGAAAAAAACCCCACUCUGUGUAAUUGUGUGUAUGUUUUUCAGUAGCUUGGCAUCUCCUUUCUUCUCCUUUCAUGCUCAUAUUUCUGCAUUUCUUUCUGCAUUUGUGUCCCAUUCAGGGUUCAAACCACUUCACUAAAAUAUUUUUCCCAGCAGAGUGAGAGAAUAAAAAAAACAAAAACGCUGAUGUAUUUACACAAAGAGCGCAGACUAAAUGAUUUUUUCCCCCUCUCCUCUGUGGGUAAAGAUCUGAGUGUACAUUUAUGAAUUAAUAAGAAAGACUUUUUGUUCUGUAUAUGAAUGGCUCUAUGUUAACCUGAACAGAAAAAUAAUGAAUUCUAUGACAAAGAAACUAUAAUAAAUUAAUUUUAAAAUUGUCA